AGUAAUUUAACCAAAGCAAUGAAGUUCAAUCCCUUUCCCUCUUCCUAUCGUGUUCCAUGUCUCCGCCAAAGGCCUUCUUUGGGGAAAAAAUCCCUAGCUUUUCAUCGACAGCUUUCUUCUCCUAAUCAAUCUGACUCCUACAAAUCCAGCACCAUUACCGCUUGCCUUAUCAUCAUCGUCGGCAUUGGAGGUCGUAGCUGUUUAUCCCGCCGCUCGCUUUCUUCAUCAGCAUCUCAGCUCCCAUCGUCGACGCGACUCGCGACACUCAAGAAGCAGGUGGUAUCAGGUCUAUAGAUUCGCCAUUGAAUGGCUUGGGAGCUGACGGGUUUCAAGAAAUGCGACAGUAGCAGAGCCUUUUUCCUGUGCUAGCUCCAAUUCGCCCGCUGGAUAAGUGGCGAAUUUCGUUCCCCUGUCUACUCCCUCUAAACUGCAAUCUCCGGUUGGGAAAGUAACAUAGGUAUUCA